CCCGCGCGCGGCGGACUGCAGCUCCCGGCAUGCAGCGGGGCGGCGGCGCACGGACUCGGCCCAACAUGGCGGCGGCGCUCGGCCGACUGAGGGGGCUGCUGGCAGCAGCAGGACCGGCCGUGGGUCGCGCCAGGCUGGCCCUCCCAGGCACACGGCUCCUGGGGCAGAGCUGCCGCCGGCCAGCGGGGCCACAGGCCAGCCCGGAGCCCAGCAGCAGCAGCAGGGGUCUGCCCGAGGGGGUGGAGUACAUCCCUACGCGCAAGAAGGGCAAGAAUCCCAUGAAGCCGGUGGGGGUGGCCUGGUACAGCCUGUACGCCCGCACGCGGCUGGGCUACCUCUUCUACCAGCGGCAAGUGAAGAAGGCCCGGGAGCGGUACCCGCAUGGCCACUCCGUGCCCCAGCCCUGCCGCUUCCCCGGAGUGAAAAUCCUGCCCAUUCCUGUGCUUUCCAACAACUACAGCUACCUGGUCAUUGACACUGGCUCCGGACGGGCGGCUGUCAUCGACCCCUCCGACCCACUGGCCGUGCAGGCUGCCAUUGAAGACGAAGGCGUGAUGCUGGAGGCCAUAUUCUGCACCCACAAACACUGGGACCACAGCGGGGGGAACGCAGCGCUCCGCCAGCAGCACGGCUCCUGCAAGGUGUACGGCAGCGCCCUCGAUGCCAUCCCAGAGCUCACUAACCCGCUUGCGGACAAGGAGAAGGUGAAGGUGGGCUGCCUGACCUUCGAGGCGCUUGCCACGCCUGGCCACACCGUGGGCCAUAUGGUGUACGUGCUGGACGGGGGCCCCUUCGGCGGCCCCCCCUGCCUCUUCUCCGGGGACCUCCUCUUCCUCGCUGGCUGCGGCAGGCUGUUUGAGGGCUCCCCUGAGACCAUGCUCGCCUCCCUGGACGUGGCCGUGGGCUUGGGCGAGGACACGCUGCUGUGGCCAGGCCACGAAUACGCGCUGGAGUGCCUGACCUUCGCCAGCCUCCUGGAGCUGGACAACCCCGCGCUGGAGCAGAAGCUGCAGUGGGCGACGCAGCAGCGGCAGGAGAAGAGGAGCACGUGUCCCUCCACGCUGGGCGAGGAGCAGACCUACAACCCCUUCCUGCGGACCCACCAGCCGGAGCUGCAGGCAGCGCUGGGGCUGCGGCGGGGCGGGGGGGAGCACCCCGAUGCCUUCCGCGCCCGCGUCCUCAAGGAGGUGCGGAGGCGCAAGGACCUCUACAAACCCACCUAGAGCCCCCCCCCCCCCGCCCUCUGCCAACAGCCCCCCUUUCCAUGGGGCUGGGUGCUGCUCAGACACGGGGGGACCCGAGACUUUGUGAUUUGUUUUGCUGUGAAUCUCCCUCCUGGGGUGCAGGAUUGGGGGGGGGGGGGAAGAGUGGACACACACCCCCUGCCAUGGGCACCCCGUAAGUGAUCCCUGCCUUUGUUCCCCCGGACUUGGGGGUCACCAGCUCUUACGUAGAAGCACCUUGAUCUCCUUUCUGGGGGUCUGUAGCCCCCCCACCCCGCUGCUGGGGCUGUAGGGCUGGCACCAAGGGCUUUUUCUAACUGCCCCCCCGCCCCCUCCGUUUUUCUGGGAGCUCCCAAUUUCCCCCCCUCUCAGCACUCAGGGAGCCAGCCCCCCUGCCCUUCCUCUAACAGCCCCCCAGUGCUGUGCAUAUCCUUUUUGGGGGGGGGGGGGCGCUAGGAUGGAACCAGCCCAAUACUACCUCCAGGCAAGGGACCCUAUGCUUGGUGCCAGAGCCCCCCCCACACACACACACACAUAUACACACACACUGCAAUGGGGCCAUGGGGGCACGCUGG